CCACAUUAAAAGGUGUUUCGCGGCUUAACCGCUGACUGCUUGUGGUUUCUGAAAUGCACAGUUUACCGGAGUGUCGUGGAGUGUCGUGGAGUGUCGUGCAGUGUCGUGUUUGUCCUCUGCGCUCCUUGAAGUUUUUAGUUGUAAACGAAGUGGACAUGACAGAAGGGUUUAACUUCAGCCUCUGACUCUUAACUCAAUAUGUUGGCCGAAUUAGAACAGUUGGAUGAGUCAAGGGCAUGGCCACGAUUAUUUCAAGUAAGUUAAGUUCAGUUGUUUGUAAGCUCAUUAUUAAGCUAAUAUAACUUUUAGCCUCAUGUUCUUUUUUCCAGCUGUAAGCCAGUUUAAUUGUCAGAAGUCUAAUAAUGUUAGAAUAUGGCUUGUCGGGGAAUAUUUUUAUUUUAAAUUAAUUUUAAUGAUGCUCUGGUUUGUUUUAAACUAAUUUAAUUUCAUGCUGUAUUGAUAGAAACUCAACUGGGAAGCGAGCCAAAGAGCUGGAGCACUAACAGUUGCAAGACUUCCUGAAAACAGACAACUUAAUCGGUACAGAGAUGUUUUACCAUGUAAGUGAUUGCUCAGAUAGAUUAUUAACUACUUUUCAUUGAAGGACAAUGAAGAAAGGCUGUAAAUAUGUUACUAUUUUGGCUCCAGAUUGCGAAAUAAAAAACUCUGAAGAAGUUGCCCGAUCUGGUGUGUUACCAAAUAAGCCGUGACUUGAAUACAUCUAGGACAGUUUCCAGUUGCUACAUCUGUUACUAGACAGUGGAAUAAUCAUGUCUUAGUCGCAAGACUUUUAACUUAUUAAUUAAAUGUGAUAUUUUACUUGAUUGCUUUUCAAAUUGGUGUUGUAAACCAAAAUUGAAACUUAUUACUGACAACAACAAAAUGAAAAUGAAUGCUUACACUAAGGUAGUCUGGGUGAUAACAAUGGGAAAAUUCCUCACAUCAGAAAAAAUUUUAACCAUGUGUAUCUUGUACCAGGUUUCUGAAAGAGUAAAGCUGAUCAUCCUUCCAUUAGUCUGGUAUAAAUUGGGCUAUUAGGCAAUUACUGGAUGAGGUUGAGUGUGAUAUCAUGAAUUAUCAUUGCCAAAGUUUGAGUUAUCUAUCUUGAGAUAACACUGACAUGAGGUUUGAUAAUUCAUGAUAUCAUGUGAAAACCAAAUUGAAUAAUUGAUUUAUCAUACAUUUUUUAAACAAUCUGCAAAAGAAGAAACUUCUCUGAGUUUGCCAAAGUUUGAGAACGUUACACCAACAAAGGGCUUGGAGGCUAGAUAGACUUGAACUUAACAUGAUAACCUAAUAUCUACUUAGACAUUGAUGUUUGUUUUAUAACUUGCAGAGCUGUGUUAGAUUAUUUUUGAGUUUGGAGUAAUGACCACAAUGUACAGUAGAAGUCUUGAUGAGACUGUGAAGUCUUUUUUUCCCUUCUUGCCAUAAAACUUUGUAUGAACCUUCACUUUUAACUGUGCAGAUGACUCAAUUUUGAGAUGAUUGACCAACAAGCACUUACCUUGUUGUGAUAGGGCUUUCAACAGUAAUGUAUUUACUGGUUGCUUUCAGAUGACCACAGUAGAAUCAUUUUAAAGCAAGGAUCCUCAGACUAUAUCAAUGCUAACCUUGUUGAGGUAUUUGUUACUAUUCAGAAUGAUGAUAAAAUUUGGAUUUGUUUUGUUCACUUACCAUAAGUUGAAGCAUCUUGGAUUUUAUGAACAUUUUUAAUUAGAACUUGCAUAUUAUUAUUUUAAGUUAGGCAUUAUAAUUGUGCAGUUAUUUUGCUGAAGGGAGGGUCUCUCUACAGGGUUAUUGUGCCAUUUCAUAGGUCAGGGAGAUGCUUUUGUUUUGUUUGGGUAUACAGUCAGGCAAAUAAACAAUAGAUGUGUGACCAGUUAGAGUGCAUGUUGUUUCUAAGUUAUGUCAUAAUGAAGAAUGAUUCAAUUUGUCUCAACAGAUUUCAAGAUUGAACAAAAAGUAUAUUUUGACCCAGGUUUGUUGUAUUGAAUAUGACCAAGAAAAGCAAGUGUUAUGCAAUUAUGCUAUCUCUAAAAAUGGUACAUACAUUGAUUCCUAGCAGGGGCAAUGUGGGAAAUUCAUUUCCUGUACUCUGCAGAUUUUAUUCAGUAUUAGCUCAUGCAAGGAGUUCAUGGUUAAUUCUAAAAUUGAUUUUUUUCAAAUUUCAGGGACCAUUACCUCAUACUGCAAAUCACUUCUGGCAGAUGAUAUGGGAGCAAAACACAGCUGCUAUAAUCAUGUUGAACAAAGUAGUGGAAAAAAAUCAGGCAAGUACAAAUCUUAUCAUAGACUUUUAUAUUUAAUUUCAGGUGUCUCAAACUUCCAGUUAUUUGGGACAAAACCUGUGUCUUUGGGUGUAGACUUUAUGUUAACAUGUUGCUGCCAGGUUUAACCUUAGGUAACUUGAACAUUGGGAACCUUAUACCAUUCUAACUGGUCUUUGGAAAGUUCAAGAAUUAACAGGGCUCCACCAUUCUUUAUAAUCUAUGUAAACUGGAGAAUUUGAAUUCACUAUGAAGAGUUUUUACAGAAAAUAUAUACAAUUAUAUGUAACAAUGAAAGUAAAACACAGUGGUCAUGAGGGUGCUCUGUGUUUGAUGCAAUUAUUGAUCAUGUCACUGGAAUGUUUUCAUGUCACAAUACUACUUUAAUAAUUCCACAAGGUUACAUGGAAAAAGGCCACAGAAAAUACAGCAUUCCAUUGGGAGUAAAAAAAUUUUCUUACACAUGUUUGUUACAUUGCAGAUCAAGUGUUACCAGUACUGGCCAUGUGGAGAGGCCUAUGCCCAUUCUAAUCAGCUUGAGUUUGGUAACUUCAAAAUCAACUACCUUCGGGAGUUGCACAAUGAAUACUUCACCAUAAGAUCACUGGAACUAGAAAAUAUUUUGGUCAGUAGUUGAAGUUACUUACGUUGUUUCCUUUUUUGACUACUUUUGAUCAAACAGGCAUGAGUUAAGACAGGUUGUCAUUAUUAUCUUUUAGACAGGAGAGAAACGUCCAAUAGAGCAUUUUCACUAUUUGACAUGGCCAGACUUUGGAGUGCCUACCUCACCUGCUACUUUCCUGGCUUUCCUGUUUGAAGUGCGCAGGGCGGGAGUGAUGUCUAAUGAUGUAGGACCCUGUGUAAUUCAUUGUAGGCAUGUUAUUUAACCUUUUAUUUUUUUCAUACAAUUAGUGGUAGCAUUUUCUUCUAAAUAGCAUAGGAAUGGAUUUUAAUCAAGAAACUACAGCUGACAGAAACCUCUAUACAGGGAAGUGACUCUGGCAGACUCCUUUGAAAAUGUUAUUUAAUAUAUUUUAUGUAUUUGAAGUUUAAAAUAUUUAGGCUUUAAAUAUCCUGAAGAGGUUUCUGUGCUUACUUUUGAAGUGCUGGAAUAGGAAGGUCCGGAACAUUUGUCAUGGUGGAUUCAGUUCUGACAGAGGUGAGUAGGGAUCAAAUUAUAUAUACUAUAGGUUUCUAUCAUUGAUGUUGUCAGGGUAAGAAAUCAUCCUGAAAAAUGAAUACCAGACAAAGCACCUCUUAAAUGUUGGUGACACUUUAAAAAAAAAUGGCCACCACUAAUCCGCGUUACCACCAGUGCCUUUGUUUGGAGGCUUGGCAUAUCAACUCUGCCCACGCCCCUUUAAAUCGUGACAAUGGCAGUUUGCUUCCUGACGCCUAUUUACACCUUGUCAGAAAAAAAGGCUGCUAAUUAGUGAUCAUAUAAAAGGACCUCUUGUUGUAGCGUUUAGAUCACCCCUGAUGAAGGCACUAGGCAGGAGUGUUGAAACGUUGGGUCUAUCAAUUGUAACUUCUUCAGUUACAUUCAUUAAAUCUGCAAACCAGAGUAGCAUCAAACUAUGUCUAAGUUUUUGUUUCUUUACCAUUUGAGCAGUCCAUUUCUUAUGUUGGAAGAUUCCUGUUAUAUUUUUUUUAUCAGAUUGAGCAUGAGGAAGACAUGAAUCAGAUUGAUAUCCAAGCCAUGUUACUAGAAAUAAGGCAAUAUAGAGUGGGUCUCAUUCAAACACCAGAUCAACUGCGCUUCACAUACCUGGCCAUUUUAGAAGGUGUACGUGUUCUAAUGCCUGAAAUAUAUCACAGAGCUGUAAAGCAUCAGAUACAACCAAAUACUGGUGAGUUAACUCAGUCUGGCUGUGCACACAGUGAAUUAUAGUGUGUAACAACAUUUCAGGCUUAUACUCCAGAGGGUUAGAGGCUUUAAAUCUAUGGAUAAGUUGAACUUCUCACAUACUGGAAGAUAAAAAUGCUGUUUCAAAAAAGAAUGAAAGGUGACUUGUAUCAUUUUUAUCUACUGUGCAAACAUUACACUUAGCAUGACAAAAAAUUGCUGACAGGCCUUUUUGAGCCAAGCAUUUAUAUUCUGAGUUCUAAAGAUGAUCUGGAAACAUUGGAAAGGCUUCAAGAAGACAAACCAUGUUAUUUGUACCAUUAAUAUUUCAUUAAAGAGUAUGGUGUCCCCUCAGAGUCAUAAGCACCAUAAGGGCCAUAAGCAGCACAUCCAGCUUGAAAAGAAUUCAGGCUAAAUGACAAAAAAUGCAAUAAUCCGUUGAACAACUGUCAUGCAAGAGGUCAUGUACAUGGUACAUUCUUGGCCAGGCAUGACCUCUUGUGCAAUAGCUGUUCAACCGAUAACACUGCUGUGUUAAGUCAUUUUAGCCAAAAUUCCUUUCAGGCUGGAUAUGCUGCUUAUGGCAGGCCAAGAAAGAAAAUUUGAGGUAUUAAACUGCAAGGAUAAAGCUUAAAGAUGAUUUAUAUUAUGAUUUGCAAAUAUGUAUACCAGACCUUUUUGUAGGCCUUUAAAUAGGCCAUAGCAGCUGUUCAGCAGUUGGCAUUGCAUUUUUGUCAUAAUAGCCCAAAGUCUUUUCAACCUGGAAAUGCCACUUAUGACAGGCCAAGAUAGAGAAUUGGAAGAAUCAAACUACAUAAAGCUGUAAGAUGAUGUAAAUAAUGAUUUGUAAAUAAAUAUGUUAUACCUUCUUAUAGGCUAUUGAAGUUGACCUCUAUUUUACCACUGAAAUAGACAUAAAGAACAUUAUUUCUAUGGCUCAUUAUGCAGACUUAUUUGCAACAACAUAACAAAUCCACAUUUUCGACAAGAUAAAGGAAUCAUCUGCUAGCACACAAAAUUUAAAGGCAGGAUUACAUUGUGUUGUGGCAUACGAAGUGACAAUGACCAUUUGAACUUUUCGGUUUUUCAGAGAAAGCAAAGUAAAAUAGAAUUUUUUGAUAUAAUUUUUGAAAAAGGUUCAUCAAAAGGUUCCUUUAGGAAAAAUAAAAUUAAUUAUGAAAUUUUGCAACUGUCAUCGAAUUCUUGAUAUUUUCGGUCAGUGGCUCUUAAUUUAUGUUCCCAUUCAAGUUUGACUGUUUACCCAUCCACCAAUGAAAUGUUACCUGCAUUUUUGACUACUGGUUCAUUAAGCCAAAAUUUAAAAUUUCAAAAAUGUUUCUGCAAAAUGUUUUAUGACAGUCUCCUUUAUUUCUCUGAAAGGUGAUGACCAGGAUGAUGAAGUAGUUACAAGUAAAAGAGAUGAUACAAGCCAUCAGGAGGGGGAGAAAGAGGAGACACCACCUCCACUACCACCACGACGAAGGCAUGCUGAGACUACUGAUGAACCAGAGAAUAAGAAGAGUCGUAUAGGUGAACCUGGUAUGUUACUAACAGUACACCCUAAUGAAAUAAUAUUAAGAUAAGGAGUAAGAGGUUACAGGGAAUGUAUUCUAUAAUCAGUGGAUAGAUUACUACUAGAAAGGUCUGCACUGAAACAUGAAUUAGGGGAGCAAAUGAGAGGAAUACAUUUGGAAUAAUGUUUAGUGACUAAGAGAAUGCAUCCUCUAAUCUGUAAGAAAACUUCAAUAUUGAUUAUUAUACAGAAUACCAGGUCUUCUUUUGAUUUUUUGUACAUCUAUUUUUUUAGUUAUUUAUUUGUUUGUGGUAUUUGCAAGGCAAAAUUAAUUUAAAAGUAAAAACCAAACAUUUUUAACACUAGGUCAUCAUUUUAUUAAUUUGUUUAUUUAUUUAUUUUUGAUGAUGACCUCAUGUCAAAAAUGUUUGGUUUUUACUUUAUAAGUAUAUUUUUGUCUUGUAAAUAGCUCAUAUUUAACCUAAGCAAACUUUCUAGACAUUUAUUUGUUUGUCACUUGUCUGAAUUCAGUUACCUACAUGACAGAGCCAAAAUCAGAGGUAGAAGAGGUUUUUUCAGACAGUGGUAGUGAUGGGUCAGAUGAAGUCAUCAACCUGUCUUCCUUGUCAGAAUCAGAGACUGAUGAUGACACUGUUCAAAUAAGGGAAAGCUUACUAGAUGAUUCAAAAGAUGAUGAAACACAACAAAAUUACAACUUAAAGGUUAAUAUUUGGUUUCUGGUGAAACUAAUUCUUUUGUUUGUUUUCUUGUGAAUUUUUUGCAUGCAUUAGCUACUUAAAUGAGGAUCCUGCUGUACAAUUGCUUGAGUUUAAGUGAUCUUUGUUUUUCUUAUUCUCUCUUAGGAACGAAACAAACUAUCCCCUGUGCAUGCUGAGUUACUCAUAAAAGAUGAUACACUAGAACAAUCAGAGGAGGAGGGUCUUCAAAUAACAGAUGAGGGGUCUAAACUGAAAGAUGUGCCUCAAUCAACUGCUGUAGAGGAUCAACAUACCAAGGAAGGUACUGUCCAUACAAGAGACAAGGAAGACCCUCAACCAUUAGAUGAAGGGGUUCUUCACCUGUCGGAUGAGGGAAGUUGCAAUGCCAAAGACUACUGUCUAAACCCAAGAGAUGGCUGCAAACCUUCAAACCAGGGAUGUGAAGUUACCACUGGAGGUCUCAAAACAGUAGAUGAAGGGUUGCAAUCAACAAGUAAAGGCCAAGUAAAGGAGAAUGAGAGGUAUAAAUGAUCAUACAAUAUUAGCAAAGAGCACUGAGAAUAAACAAUUCUACUGGACAGUGAAAAAAAAAAAGAAAAGGAGUAAACCUACCGAAGAUGGGAUAGAGAUAGUGGCUGGAACCUUUUAAUGAAUGCGCAUGGAGAUGUGUGGAUGUGAAUUACAAACUGAAUGUUAACCAUUAAUAUGAUUAGAGACCAAAUUGGACUCCACUUCAUCCUAAUACCAAUUAAUCAUAACCGUUAAAAUUUCCAAAAACACAAAUACAUUAAGGACAAACAUCUGCAGUAGAGACAAUGUCUAAAGAAAAAAAUCCCUCAAUUUUGGAAAUUUCCCAGGUUUUUUUUUCAGGAUAUGUGAUUCUUGCUAUGAUCAUUGUGAUCAAUACAGUGAUUAGUGGAUUUAGCUGAGUGGACUUAGUAUGAUUGGCUGCUUCAACUGUCCAAUUACAGGCAUCCAAUUACAGCCAAAUGUCCAAUUACGACUGUACAGAAUGAUAAGUGAAGAAUAAAGCAGCUAAUGCACUAAUCACAUUUGAGGAAAUUGUAAUGGUUAUGAUUAGGAAUGGAGAAAGUCCACAUGGACGGCAGAAUAAAAAAUCAAGUCACCAUGGAGCUUAUGUGAAAACAGCCAGCAAACUUGUGCUAAUAACAUUCUUUAGAACAGCGUCAACAACAUACUGCAUUUUUUUGUUCAUAGUGGUAUGGAAGUACGUAAGCGAAGGGAAGAACGCAGGAAAAAGACAUCUGAUAUGAUUGAUAAAAUAAAGAAGAAUGUCAAACAAAGUGAAGAUACAAAAGUAUGGAACUUCAGAUUGAUGGUAUCAGGGGGAAUCCUAUUAGGAUGUACAGUGGCAUACUUGGCUUACAGAUACUUCACUCAUGGCUAGUUUUUCCUCUUCUUCAUUGAAGUGAUGUGUAAUUUUUUUUUGAGUGCUUUUCAUGGUUAUUUCUCUUGUAACUUACAUGAUAAUUUUUUUAAUAAUGUCCUUUUUGAACCUGAUUCCAACUCAUUUUUACAGAUUUUAAGAUACUUUUUAAGACAUCUCUAUAUGACAGGGCUAAAUGAUGACAGUGUGUACUGAAAGAUACAGCAUGUAGAGCUUUGAUUUCAUAUGUGGUUGGAAAGUUGCAGUAACAAUGUGGAAACCCUUAUUAUUUUCAACCCCAAAGUAUUCUUUACUUGGGUAUGAGUUCUGCUUUGAUUUUAAUGGUUAUAUUUUGUUUUUAUAAUGACAUACACUGAAUUGAUAUUCAUGAGUUUGAAAAUAAGAGAAAGUCACAUUUCAGUGAAUGAACAUGAACUACAAGAUACACAUAUGCCAAAAAGGAACAUUUUCCAAAAGAUUUGUAAUUUUCCAAAUUUCCCUCAACAACAUUAAUUUGUAUUUUUUACAAGAGUCAGUAAACAAAUUUUUAUUGUCCAAAAUGUUCAUUUUUUUUUCCAAUACACUUAUUGUAUGUGUAAACUCAUCAGCUUAAUACGAUACUUUAAGGUGAAUUUUAAUUCUUAAUUGAUGUUUCACCAACUAAUUAAACUAGCAUUUUUUUAAAGUUAUUUUGAAAAAAAAUCAGUUUCAGAUGUGCUCAUCUUCUGUUUCAUUUACAUUGAAUGUUUAAAUUGUAAAAAGACUAUUUGUUGGUUGAUGAAAAGAAUAAUGACAUUUUAUGUGUAAUCUGCUACUUAAUGUAGCUGUAAGAGUAACUUUUUAAAUAUAGUUAUAAUGUUUGAGGUAAGGGUGAAGAGAGACAGUGUUGGUUAAAGUGCAUUUUGUUGUUGGUGAACUGCUAUUGAUUUUUUUUUUCAUGCUAUGGAGACACUAUGGAAUGAUGCAAAAAAAAUUGAAUCUUUUGCUGAUUGUUAGUUCUGAGGCUAUAUUGCUGACGAGAACAGUGACAUCAUUUUUUCUUAAUGUAGCUAAGCUGUAAUAAUUUAGACUUGACCAAAAGUAUUCUUAAUUUCCCAGAAGCAUACUGUUGUCUUAUAUUGUUAUAAAUAUUAUUACAUUAAUUUGUGCAAAAUCAAUUCAGUUAUGAAUCCUUAAUUUUAUCCUUAGGGUAAUGUAGUUCAUUUUAUACAGUAUUUUGCACAAAUUUCACAUUAAAUGAUUGU